UUGAAAUGUUUACCCAUGUUAGCUGCUAAAUGGCUAAUACGGUUGUAAGAGGCAUGAAUAGCUGAAUGAUAACUUGUGCCACACUGACACAGCAGACAGUUGAUGCUGUGACGCGCGAAAAGACCGUGCUUGAUAUUUUUAACAACUUUAAACAUUUAUCCACUCGUUUUAUGAAUGUGUGAACCAUUGCUUGACUGUUUUGUGUGACUCUUACUUCGUUACGGAUUGUCAGGGUAUCAUGUCGUAUAAUCUUACAUUUCCAGCAAAUAAUUCGCAGUUGACGUCACAACAGGUGACCAGUCCAACUUCAGCCCCUCCACCCAGAGCAUGCUGUGAAAAUGGGCGUCCGGUAAUGACCGAUCCUACCACUGGACAAACCAUUUGUUCCUGUCAAUAUGGAUCAGCUUUACUCAAUUAUCCGAGACUAUCUGGACUCACAUCCAGCCUGUUUGGUUCCUCUGCUUACGGCACAGCAACAAGCCAAGGCUACGUAGGUUUGGGAGCCGAAGGGUCCGCCUUCUAUGCACCUUUGACGGGAAGUACUGGAGGACAAAGUCAGGAAGCGUGGAGAUCUCUGACACAGCCAGCUUUUUCUUAUGAUCCUUCAAUGGGUUUAUAUCCUUACGGACCUGGAUAUGGCGGAUUAGAUCUGAAUGCCAGAAGAAAGAACGCUACAAGAGAAAGCACUACCACCCUGAAGGCAUGGUUAAAUGAACACAUUAAAAAUCCUUACCCAACAAAAGGGGAGAAAAUAAUGUUAGCCAUCAUCACAAAAAUGACUUUAACCCAGGUUUCAACGUGGUUUGCUAAUGCCAGGCGUCGACUGAAAAAAGAAAAUAGAAUGACAUGGUCACCACGAAAUCGAGGCGAAGACGAUGAUUCUGAUGAUGAAAAAGAAAACGAGGCUGAUGAGAAAUUGAAAGAAAAAACAGAAAAGAAAUUAAAUGGCUUAGACGGUAAAGAUGAGGAAAUUGAUGUCGAAUCUGAACACAAUGACCACAAACCCAAAAAGAAGGUGGCAGAUAACCUGUUUUCAGAUGAUUGUGUUUCUCCUGUUCCCAGUGUCGGUGAAGAUUCUAGAAGCAGAUUAUCCCCCCCUGCAUCACGUGAUUCUGAUUCUAGUUAUAGUGAAGGGUUAAAUCCCUCAGACUGUGAAAAUGAUCAGCAAAAACCAAAAAUUUGGUCAGUGAGUGACUUCUUACACACGUCCCCACAAAAAUUGGGGAAACCCGAUUCUUUGCUAAUAGACAACCAUAGUGUACCUAAAAUAGGUAGUGGGAUGACGUCAUCAUUUACACCGGUAUCUUCAUCUGCGGGACUUAACGGUUUGUUUACGUCAUAUCCGUCAUCGAUGGCUUACUCAUCCCACUCGUAUCCCUAUUCACUCUCUACCUCUGGCGUAAGCAAAUUGAUGUCAAGAUCACCAGUUUCACGAUUCAACCCCUACUCCACAACGAGGCCAGGACCUCCGAAUGGAUUCAAUGCUCCUAGAGAUUUUAACAUACUGCGUGAAGGAGAGUAGAAACAGUAAUUAAUUAUUAUAGUGCUAAUUGGUUAAUUAAUUAAUUAAUAUUAAUGACAGAGUUGAAUGUUAGGAAGGAAAUCCAUUGUCUUUAUUUGUAUCGUUUGUGUAUAUGUAUAAUUAUUUUAUAAAUAAAUUGUUGAAAUUUG